UGCUCAGAGCUUGCUAAGUGUUCCCAGUGCCUGCGCUCUCUCCCUGCACACCUUCCAUCCGUGGAGCCCGGUCGCCGCCUGCAGCCCGGGGCGAACAGGCGCCCGCAGAUGCUGGAUCGCCAUGCUGCUCGCCAGGCUGCUGCCCCCGGGCGCCGCGCUGCUCCUGCUGCUAGCUGCCAGCCCGUGCACAGGUCUCAAGUGUGUCUGUCUGUUGUGUGAGCACACAAAUUAUACCUGUCAAACGGAAGGAGCCUGUUGGACAUCAGUUUUUCUUACAAAUGGCAAAGAAGAAAUUGCCAAAUCUUGUAUCUCUCUGCCUCAGUUGAAAGCGCAGGUAUAUUGUCACAGCUCAAAUAACAUUACCAGGACAGAAUGCUGCCAGUCAGAUUACUGCAACAAUGUAACACUCCGACUACCACCAAUAUCUCCAAGUACGUCCCCUAUGAGCCAUGUGGAGUUGACGAUACUAGUCACUGUGCCGAUAUGUUUGCUGUCGAUAGCCAUCAUGCUCACUGUAUAUACCUGUCAAGGACGGCAUUGCUCUUACAGAAAGACAAGGAGACAAUGUAUUGAAGAGCCCCUGGCUGAUUGCACUUUAGAUAGUGACGGGAAAUCACUGAAAGACUUGAUCUAUGAUAUGACUACGUCGGGAUCAGGAUCAGGUUUACCUUUGCUUGUUCAGAGAACUAUUGCAAGGACCGUCGUCAUUCAGGAGUUAGUAGGAAAGGGACGGUUUGGUGAGGUGUGGCGUGGAAAAUGGUGUGGGGAAGACGUGGCUGUAAAAAUCUUCUCCUCCAGAGAUGAAAGGUCCUGGUUUCGCGAAGCUGAGAUCUAUCAGACGGUUAUGCUGAGACAUGAAAACAUCCUGGGUUUUAUCGCAGCUGACAAUAAAGAUAAUGGUACCUGGACCCAGCUAUGGCUUGUUUCUGAAUUCCACGAUCAAGGUUCCCUUUAUGACUAUCUAAAUCGCACCACUGUGACCAUCGGAGGCAUGUUGAAGCUGGCAUUAUCAAUUGCCAGUGGGCUGGCACAUCUCCAUAUGGAAAUCGUUGGCACUCAGGGGAAACCAGCCAUUGCACACAGAGAUCUUAAGUCCAAAAAUAUUUUAGUGAAAAGAAAUGAGACGUGUGCUAUUGCUGAUUUAGGACUCGCCGUGAAACAUGAUUCAAUAACAAAUACAAUAGAUAUACCACAGAAUCCAAGAGUGGGGACAAAAAGGUACAUGGCACCUGAAUUGUUGGAUGAUUCCAUAAACAUACUUCACUUUGAGUCAUUUAAAUGCGCAGAUAUAUACUCUCUAGGCUUAGUAUACUGGGAAAUAGCCAGGAGAUGUUCCGUCGGAGGAGUUGUUGAUGAGUACCAGUUGCCUUAUUUUGAUAUGGUUCCUCCCGACCCUUCCUUGGAAGAUAUGAGAAGAGUUGUGUGUGAACAAAAGUUUCGACCUAACAUUCCAAAUCAGUGGCAAAGUUUUGAGGUUCUCCGAGUUAUGGGAAGAAUAAUGCGCGAGUGUUGGUACGCGAAUGGAAAAGCCCGCUUAACGUCACUCCGUAUAAAGAAGACUAUCUCUCAGCUCUGCGUGGAAGAAGAUUUCAAAGUGUAAAUGGAUAGUUGCAAGACUGCAAAAAGAUUGAAAUAUUUUUUUAUUGUGGGUUUUGGUUGUGACUGUGUUUGCUCUACCUCAAUAAUGGCGAACACAAAACGUGCGCUGGGAGAAAAGAAAAAGAGAUUCAACGGCAGCUUCUUGGCAACAGUAGUCUGCAGCUUACUCAUCAAACUGCCUUUUUUUAAGAGGAAAGAAAAUUACCAUUCACAUAAAUGUGUUCAUUUUCUGAAUUAUUUACCCUCUUAGUGCCGAGCAUCUGUGAAACCCAUAGCUAUGAACUUUCUGCUACGCCGAGGGUAAAACCAGUAAAUAUAAAAAAAAUAACAAAACACUGGCACUACUACAGUUACAAAUAUAUAAACAACAUCUGUUGUCAAUUAUUUAAGGAUGUUUUUUUUUAUUUUGGGCUAUCCGUUAUUUUUUUUAAAUACGCUUUGAAUGUUAUAAAUGUAUACCCAAAGCUAAAGCAAUAUUCCGGCAGGAUGAGCGAAUGCAAAUGGAACUCUUACUGAAUGUCUUUUUAUACAAUGUUGCAUUAUUGCUGGAAACAGGCGUGUCACUGUCCAGAGUGGAUUGUCACCAUUUUAUUUUGGUCUAUUGGUAAACUCUGUGUCACUAGAAAAUUUGUAAUAGAUGAUGGGAGCCAUUUAAUGGCCAAGGACCAGUACAUGUUGCAGAUGCUAAACUCAUGAUACAAUUUGCUGAUUUCACAGAAAUUCAAAGCUUAUAUUGUGCAGUUUUAGCAGGCAGAGGUGAAUGACAGAGGAUAAAAAAGGCCGGAUUCUGACACUGCUGUUAUCUGUGGGAACUACACUGUGAAUUAAUGCUGAAGCAGAUUACCUGUGUUGCUGUAGUUUAUAUAGUUAAAGUUUUCUUAAUGGACAACCUGUUUUUAUAAUGGUUGAGUUUGUUCACAAGGUCUAUUGUAAACGGAAUUGCAAAAGUUACUCCACAGUAGGCCAGCUAGAAAAUAGAUGACCAAUUUCCCCCGAAAUUGGAUAUUUUAGCGUACAUAUUGCAGACCCAGCAAGUCACAUGGCAGAGAGAAACUGCACAAUGAGCACAUGUAUAAGCUUGCUUGCUGUUAAAUUCAGGGCAAUAUACGCCCAUACACCAGCGCUAAAGCAGUGUUCUGUGUAUGGGUAGCCCCGUGGGGCUGCCUAGCUAUGCUGGCUCUCAUACUAGCAUGCAUGCGACUGGUUUGAUACUCCCCCAUUGUGGGUGAGGAUAUUAGCUAUGAUGCUGAUUGUAUCAUGGUUAUGUACUGUUGCCGAUGAUGUCCCACCUAGCAGGUAUCACACCUGCCAAAGUUGUCAGGUCUCAAAUUGUAUUUCCCUUAUCAUUUCUCCAAAAAUACCCAAUUCAGUGAAUACACCCCAUGGAAUUGACAACCAGUCUCCAAAAUAUAGUAAGCUGGGUCGGUGGUUAACUCAGCAACUCAGUGUAGCUAAAAAAAAACCUGGUUAGCAGCAGCUGCUGUCGCAUCAAAGAUUGCUAAUGCUUGAUUUACACAGAAUGUCUAAUUAGUGGGGAACAUUUAAUUCAUAUUUACGGUUUCUUGGAAGAUAUAUUCCUACUCUUACGUGUUCUGUGAAGAAAGCACAAUGACGUCUUAAAGCAUACUAUGCAUCUUUAAUAUAAACUAAUAAUAAAACCAUUUAAAAUCAUUAAAUGAUAAAUUAUCUAUCUGGCCCACAGAGCUUGCACUCACUAUUUGACAAAUAUCUUAGCUGGUAAUGUAAAGAAGUGAUAUCCAAUAAUGGAACAAUUUGUUUCGCAAUGCAUAAGAAAUAUUUACAAAUUGUAAAUGGCAUUCAACGAAAACUGAAUAUGAAAAAUCUCAGAAUUAUUUGCUGGCAAUUCUGUUUUAACUUUGAAUGUCAAAACUAAUUCUCGUGUUGCCCUCUAGUGGUAAACUGGCCAGAUUGUUCUUCCUAAGUUCCAGAGUGCAACUGGAUUCAGAUAAUUAAUUUGUGACAAUCUAUUUAAGAUCCUGUUAAUCAAACCCAGACUUUAAGCAAUUGAACUGAAUUUCUCAAAACUCUGCCAAACUGACUUACUAUUAAUUUAAUGAGACAUUGAGCUCAGUUCGAAUUUUUUUUUUGUUUUGUUUUUUUUGCACUUAGAUUAUUGCGGCCUAAUUUCUAUAAAAUGUUACCAGCUCGGCACAUCUUGCUGUUUUAUAAGUAAGCCGCUAUGAUGUUUACGUAAGCUAACACUUUCAGUAUAAAGACCGCUUUUAAUGUAUAGACCUUCCUAACAUGCCCAAAGUUAUAUACCUGCUUAUUUAAUAGACAUUGAAAGGUACAAUAUUAUUUGUUAAAUUCAUAUGAUCGCAAAUGAUCGUGGUCCCGUAUCAGACCGUGCUUAGCUCAGUUUAGACAUCCUGUUUCUCCUGUAGACAUCAGAUGUGGCGCGGGAGCCCAGAGGUCUCGGCUAGACAUCCAGCUUCUCCUGUAGACACCAGAUGUGGCGCAGGCGCCCAGAGGACCCAGCUAAGCUUUCAAACAACUGUAAAAUGGUUUGACAAAUUACUCCAAGGCAUUCCUGGUACCACAAACACUCCAGCAGGCUGAAGUGGUUGUGAUGCUUUAAGUUUUCCUUUAUCGUCAUAAAAACACACAGA